CCUCGUGAGCCACUGAGUGGCCUCUCUAGCCUCUAUCUCGGCCAUCUCGCGUCCCCCAUCUUCUUCUACCCCAUAGACCCAACAUACCAGGCACCAUGGCGAAUAAAGCGGCAGUUCCCUUCCUGGUCACCAUGAUGCUCGUGACUGGGGUUUGCAACACCAUCCUCAACAAGUACCAGGACAUGCAAUGUGUGUGGAAUUGCGAUUCGCCAAACCCCAAAUACCGGCGCACCUUUGAGCAGCCCGUCAUUCAAACGAUCCAGAUGUUCACCGGAGAAAUGGGUAGCUGGCUCGUAAUUCUGGGGACCUAUCUUUACAAACGUUAUAUUGCUCCGCGCAUAUCCAACAGCUCUUCCCCUCUCUUAGCCGGUGGCUAUCAUCCCGUCAACGCAGCUGAAGGACUUGACGAAGAGGAGGAUUAUACGAUUCGAGGACCCGAAGGAUCAGACGAUGCCACGAAGCCCUCUACAUCUCCAGACGGACGCGUCCCCCUUAAAGGACGCAGGAUCUUCAUGCUUGCAGCACCAUCAUGCUGCGACAUUGCUGGCACAACUCUCAUGAACGUUGGACUGCUCUUUGUCGCUGCCAGUGUUUACCAGAUGACUCGUGGCGCCCUGGUUCUGUUUGUCGGUCUCUUUAGCGUCCUUUUCCUUCACCGCAAGCUGCAUCUCUAUCAUUGGCUUGCCUUGUUUAUUGUGGUUCUUGGUGUGGCUUUGGUCGGUCUUGCUGGUGCCCUCUUCGGCGACCACCAAGGUCACGAUGUCACACAGGAGAGUACUGCCGCCGCCGUUGCACACGCCAUCAGGGAGAUUCAAACCACGACGCAGUCUCCGCAAGCCGUGCAAGCUGUUAUCGGCGUACUCCUCAUAGCUGCAGCUCAGAUUUUCACCGCGUCACAGUUCGUGUUGGAAGAGUGGAUCUUGGAGAACUAUGAAAUGGACCCCCUCCAGGUUGUCGGCUGGGAAGGAAUCUUCGGGUUCUCUGUGACCGUCAUUGGCUCCAUCAUUCUGUACCUUGUCGUAGGACGCACCGAGGCUGGUCGCUACGGCUAUUUCGAUGCAAAGGAAGGAUGGAGCCAGGUCUUCAACAACCGAACGAUUGCCACUUCCAGCUUCCUAAUCAUGAUCAGCAUUGGUGGCUUUAACUUCUUCGGUCUCUCCGUCACCCGCACCGUAUCUGCGACCUCUCGCAGCACAAUCGAUACAUGCCGAACCCUCUUCAUCUGGCUUGUCUCCCUCGCCCUGGGCUGGGAAACCUUCAAGUGGCUGCAAGUGGCCGGUUUCGCACUCCUCGUCUACGGGACCUUUCUGUUCAACGAUAUUAUUCGACCACCGCUCAAGGCCUGUCUUCCCAGUUCCCACCGGGACCGAGAAAUUCUCCUCCCCGAAGAGCCAAUCGAGCAUAUGUAAGUUCGGCUCAUUUACCUACCCACAUCAAUAAAGAGCCACACCUGCACAGGUGAUAUGACGUCUCAUCCUUGACGGAUCAGAUUGUUUUCGACACAGCACAUUGC